AUGGUUUUUGAUACGUCAAACAUUCCCAACUUGGGGGUCGAGACGCAACCUGUCGGGACACGCAACGGGGUGGACCCUCCUCAAAAAAGAAUGUCGACCUCGUCUUCGAGGACAAUGGCGGAAGACAACGCGUGGCAGAUUCAGUGUAUCGCAGGGGCGCUUACUAAUACUAGGGGCGCCUUCCCGGAAAAUGUGACCUACGAAAUAAACGGCGGCGUACUAACUUGGAUCGCUCGUGGUUACCAAUCCGAACUAAAAAUCAAGUGCAAGAACGCCCUAGAAGUUGUGGAUGGUUUCUACUAUGCUGAGUACUUCUUAGAUACAAGUAAAAUACUUGAUGAACAUGGCGAGUUCCAGGCGUCACUGACUGUUGAGUCCAGGGAGCCGGAGUAUGAACCGAGGGCUAUGGUGUCACAGCAAACCAUCGUCGAAACGGUCAUGCGCAUGAAAAGGCAGAAGCAAAUGCGAGCCAAGCUAAAAGCAGAGGAGGAAGCCAAAUUAGAAUCUCAGAGCCGCGAUGCUGCAGCUGAUAAAGACCACACCGAUGCUUCAGAGCCUUCAAGUACGCAACCAUCAAUCGGCCAGCAGGCAAAACUGCCAGCGGAGCAGCCAGUGUCGAAAACAGCAUGCCCGACGUCAGUAUGCGUGCGAGUUAUGAAUAACACGCGCGACACCUCUGGGAAAACUAUUACGGAACAGUCGGCUGCGCGGGUGAAUGAAGCUGCAAUGUCCACAAAUUCUGAACCAGAUUCGCCACGAACAACCUCCGACGUAUUCAACACUGCGGUGAUAAAACGGGAUGUGCGGCUUAUCGAUUUCGGCCCCACGCAUGUUAAGCGCAAAAAAUACGCCAGAGUGCCGGAGAUUCCUAUCAGCAGCAAACCGAUUUUCGAGCUUGGGGGAAAAGAAGGCCGAUCUACUGACCCUACACAUCUCGUAAGCGCCACGGGAAGAGGGGAUUCUAGCAGGGAAACGUCUCUUCUGCAGAACUGUUUCGUGUCCAUCGCAAAAAACGAGUGUGUUGGGGAUACCUUCGUCAAGCUCAAUAAGAUGGCGUAUUGA